CGUCGGCGGAAUAUACGCACACUCUGCGAUGCGUUCGCACUCCCUCCAACGACUCCCUCGCAACCGGUCUCCUAGAAGCUUAUAAAAGAUCGUAAUUAGAGGUCAUCGUGCGUCUUGGUUUCAAUGCCAUUGCACAAACACGGUCAGACUGCACAUUUCUACGAUGCGAUUUUCGUUCGAUUUCGGGUAGUAUUGUGUCGAUAUUUGAUCACAGUUAAAAUAUUUUUUACGCGAAUUCAACAACAACAAUAAUAAUAUACAUAUAUAUAUAUAUAUAAAUACGGUUUAGAAUUUCGAGUAUUAAAAAGAAGUUGCAACACAUUUCGAAGAUGCGCCGUACGCGGUUCGCUUAGGAUUACUAUACGCGUGCACUAUAUGCAAUUAUAAUUUACGAAUAAUAUAACUACUGUCGUAGAACUAAUCGAAUCGAUCGACGGCUGUGGAUUUAUUUACCUAACCAUGAAAACGGAUAACAAAAUGGUGCUGAUUUUUCUUUCAUUUCUGGCUGUCGCUCGUUGCACGGACCUGCAACCGUUGGCGAGCAGCGACGAAGAAAACCGACUGGAGCCGACCGCGGGCGUCGUUGACGGCGGCGACCCGCAACACCCCGAAACGAUCGUCGCCGAGUCCACCACGACAGCGGCCGCCGUCGACGGCCACCGGUCUGGCCGACAGUUUUACCAACAGCCGUUCGCGUACCAGCCGUACCCGCAGCGCAGGGCGUACCACAAGAGCCCGGGACACUCGAAGAAACGGCUGAACAAGUACAGGACGAAACCGGGCGGCGGCGGCGGUAGACGGGGGCUGAGGCCGCGGCGCCGGCCGUCCAUGUCCGGGCCCCCCCUGUCCAUGUCCGGACCGCCGACCAUGUCGGGGCCGCCGCCGCAGUCCAUGGCCACCGGUUCGCGGUACAGACGGUUACCGGGGCUGGCGCCCGUGAUGCGCCCGCAGCACGUCAACUACAUCGACGCGGCGGGCGGCGCAGACUACGACGACGGUUUCGAGCCGGCGCCGCUGCUGCCCGUGCCGUCGUUCGACUACGGCGAGUUCGACCACGAAUCGGCCAAUAAUUUCGCUUACGGCCCGCAAACGGUCGCCGCCGGCGGCGGUCGGUCGCGCAAACGUCCCGUCGCCGCCGCCGCCUCCGCCGUAGGUUACGCCGACGAAACGCGUCCGACGGCGAUCGUGCACGUUCCGGUGCGAGUCGUCCGGCCCGUCGCCUUGCCGACGCCGUCGACCACUGCCGCCGCGGAAGUGACUACCGAUCCGAUGGAAAAGCUCAGACGGUUGGUGCACGAGGCCAUGGACGAGCACUUUGCCAACCGUCACCAGGAACUGUACGGCGAAGGUUUCGGCAAACAGCAACAGCACCAGUCGAACUCGCAGCAGGUGUACAGCGCCAAGUACAAACGGCAACAGGCGGAGAAACACAAUCAGCCGCAGUGGUCGGCGGCCGACGCGGUCAGGCCGGCCGCGGCGACGCAGUCGCCGUCCGCCGCCGUCAAGACGGCAAAGGACGCGGACGUGGACGCCGACGGUUCGGACGACCGUCUGACGCUGGCCGAGAUAUCGGCGUACAUGGGCGCCAAACCGGCCGAGACGGUGCUGAGCGCCGGCGGUCACCGUUACGUGCUGUCCGACGCCCUGCAGCAGAGUUACCGGCACCAACAGCAACAGCACCACCAGCAGCAGCAGCAGCAGCAGCAACAGUACGACGGCGGCGAGGACCGUCAUCAGUCGCAGUACUUGCGUUACGUUUCGCCGUUCGAGGCGCUUUACGAGUUGCCGGCCGCGCGGUGGACGUACAAGUAAGAGAACGUAACCGUACGCGGUAGACACGUGUGCGCAUAAAUUUUCCAGCGAAUCGUGAACAUUAUAAUACUUAGCUGAUUCUGAUCGUUCGUCGUGAUCCUAUUACUCACUGAUAUACGUACUGUUAUAAGCGUUGCAUUAUAGAAGAGGACCAAAAACAAAAAAACUAAAAAAAAAAAAUACCAAAAAUAAAAAUGAUAUAUACAGUUCAUUUCCUAAGUAAUUAUCUAAAAUAAUUUUUUAAAACAAUACAAAAUGUAUACAGAUUAAUGGUUAUUAAAAUCAGUACUCAACACACGCCUAUAUAUUAUAUAGUAGCCUAAUUCCUUAAAUAAUUCUUUUCCACAGUAGUUAUAUUCUAUUUUCCUAGAUUAAAUGUAGGCGUUGGAAAUUAAAUAUAACUACAUAUAUAGAUUAUUAAACUUACUUAGACUAUAUAUUAAAACUUCGUCUAUAAAAUACCAUCUAUUGAAAUUUUUACCAAAUAUUUAUUGUACAUUUAUUUUUAUUGAAAAUUUGUUUUAUUUUUUUACGAUUAUAGAUUUUUAUUAUAUUUUACGUUGAUUAAAUUUUCAUAGUUAUUGGUACUGUUCGGCCCACGUCGCACGUACGACUUGCUUAAAUAUUAUUAUUAUUUAUUAUUUAUAAAUUUUUUUUUAUUAUGUACAUAAAGCGCAUUAUGAAUAUAUAAUAAUAUGUAUUAACUAGAUUUUUGUGAAAAUGUCUAUAUAUUAUUGUGUUAAAUUAUAAUAUUAUUAUCUAUUUCAACAUCGUGACUUUCUUAUUUGCCAAUUGGUUCCGACACAAACGCAUGUGAGCAGUAACUGGUAAGUACGACUAGUACGAGAAUGAAAACAAUAUCGGAUAUUUUAUCCAUGGAUCACUAACAAAAUUACAGGCUUCCACAUUCACAUAAUAACAUAUAAUACCUAUCCAUUCCGUUUGUAAAUAGGUACGUAGGUAUUCGGGUCUCGAGUAGUUCACAUGCAAUUUUGUUGGAGUGGAAUUUACAGUUUCGUAGACAUUUGUGUAAGUGGCAUAUUAUUAUUAUUAUGAUUGGGAUUUAGUACGUGUCCACUGUCUAGCUUAUCCUAUAAUAGUUGUAUCG